AUGACGACGACAGAAAAUCUGAAAUCUCAAUUCCAAGACCUGGAAUGGUAUCCCCUGCCCGAGCCGCAGGAACACCCACAAUACACUUACGAUGGCUUCCAGCCUGGCGUGACCAUUCUGAAGAAAGGUCACACACGCUCACCAGACCGUCGAGCCUUUCCAGCCGAGACAAUUUUUGAACGAGAUGUUGCAAUCACUAUGCGAGAUGGAAUCAAGAUCUACACCGAUAUAUUUCGUCCGGCUGGUUUGGAAUCCGGCGCUCGAGUCCCCGCCAUUCUGCCUUGGAGUCCUUACGGCAAAACCGGAACCGGUGUUCAGGACUACGCCCGCAUGGCACCAUUCCGUGUUGGUCUAGGAUUGGAACAAACUUCCGGUUACGAAAAGUUCGAAGGUCCAGAUCCGGCUGACUGGACACACCGUGGAUACGCCAUCAUCAACGUGGAUGCACGGGGAGCGGGUCGAUCUGAAGGAAACAUUGUGUUCUGGGGUCAGCAAGAGGCCGAGGACAUCUACGACACGAUCAGCUGGAUUUCUAAACAGCCGUGGUGCAACGGCUCUGUUGGAAUGGCUGGAAACUCGUGGCUUUCAAUUGCGCAAAUCAACUUUGCUUCCCGCCUCGAACAUCCUGCACUCAAGGCCCUGGCACCGUGGGAAGGUCGGAACGAUAUUUACCGAGACUCACUGGUCCGCGGAGGUCGCAAGCACAAUCCAGGCCUGCACAAGUUCCUCCUCGCGGGAUUUGCGGGGCCAAAUGCCGCUGAAAACAUGCCCGCCAUGAUCAACAAGCGGCCACUGUUUGACGACUACUGGGAAAGUAAAUACAUCCACACGGAAAAAAUCAAUGUUCCCAUCUAUAUUGUCGGGUCUUAUUCAUCCCAACUCCACAGUCGUGGCUCAUUCCAUACCUUCCGAACUGCGAAAUCCUUGAAAAAGUGGUUGCGUGUCCACCCAUACCAGGAGUGGUACGACUUGUACCGACCGGAGAUCGUCGAUGAUUUGCAGAGUUACUUCGAUCGAUUCCUGAAGAACAUUGAAAAUGGCUGGGAGCAGAAUACUCCACCGGUUCGUCUAUCGUUGCUUGGAUUUGAAACCGGUGGUGGUCAAGUACAAAGUGUUCGCGAACGAGCUGAGCAAAACUGGCCCUUGGAUCGACAAGUCCUGAAGACCCUUUACCUGGAUUCAACAACGAAUACUCUCCAACGCAGUGUUCCAGCUACUGCAUCGUCCAUUUCUCACUCGGGUGGGAGUAUGGAAGCUACCUCGGACUUUACUCUUUACUUCGAUGAAUACACGGAGAUUGCGGGCUAUGCCAAGGCAUCUAUUUGGAUGUCCUGCAAGGAACACGAUGACUUGGAUGUCGCUGUGCAGAUCCGAAAGAUUUCCAAAGAUGGCAAGCCCCUGGAGCAUCUCAACUAUCCAUGCCCUGUGAGUAUAGAACAGGUUCCAAAUGUCAACACAGCCAAGGCGUUAGGGCCACAGGGAUUCCUGCGAGCCUCACAUGCGGUCAGCAAGGUGGAAGAGCUUUCAACCGAGCAAGAAGUAUUCUACAAACAUGAUCGGCGCGAGCCCAUUACCCCAGGAUCAAUCGUCAAGCUGGACAUUACAUUCUGGCCAAUGGGAAUGGCCUUCGCUCCCGGCGAGGGACUCAUGCUGCGUAUUGCAGGCCACGACAUGUGUUAUCCAGAGACCGAUAAAAUCCCACCCGCUUCGGAGAACAAUCAGAAUGUGGGAACACAUGUUGUACACACUGGUGGGAUUUAUGACUCUGCUCUGAUCCUUCCAUUUAUCUAG